GUCACUGUCCACUCCACCAAAGCCAGCUCUCUCUCUCUCUCACAAGGCUCUUUGCGUUGCAUCUGUUCUCCUCUACAUCUAACUGACUAAUACCACACCAGGAGUGACCGGUGAAUUCAAAUUUCACAUUUCCCCAACCUCAGAGCCCACGUUCAUAAUCCCAUUCCCCAGAAAGGGUAAAAAAAAAGAGAAAGGAAAAGGAAAAAAAAAACCAGUCUUGGCAAACUUUUUCCCAUAUCUGCCCACAUUUUUACGCCAUUUUCUCUCUCGCAUGCUCGCAAAAUUCUUGUCAAAAUGAGUACUUCUUUAAAAUCUGCUAAACCCUCAAAACCCCCCAACCCAUCCUCCGCCCAGACAACCCCUUCAAGAUCUUCCUCCUCCUCGCUUUCUUCCCAUUUAGCCAUGAUUGAACUCAAGCAAAGAAUCCUCACUUCUCUCUCCAAGCUCUCCGACAGAGACACGCAUCAGAUCGCCGUUGAAGACCUGGAGAAAAUCAUCCACACCCUCUCCAACGAUGGCGUUUCAAUGCUUCUCAACUGCCUUUACGACGCCUCCAACGACCCUAAACCCGCCAUCAAAAAAGAAUCCCUCCGCCUUCUGGCAGUCCUAUGUGCUUCCCAUACCGAUUCGGCUUCCACCCACUUGACUAAAAUCAUAGCCCACAUUGUCAAAAGGCUUAGAGACUCGGAUUCUGCUGUCAGGGAUUCCUGUCGGGAUGCCAUUGGAUCUUUGGCAUCCCUUUACUUGAAGGGGGAAGCUGCGGCUGAUCAUGGUAAUGUGGGAUUGAAUUCAGUAGUCUCGUUGUUUGUGAAGCCGCUGUUUGAAUCCAUGAGUGAGAAUAAUAAGGCGGUUCAAGGUGGGGCCGCAAUGUGUAUGGCUAAAAUGGUGGAAUCUGCUUCCGACCCGCCUACAAUGGCUUUCCAGAAGCUGUGUCCCAGGAUUUGCAAGUACCUCAAUAGUCCCAAUUUUAUGGCAAAGGCUGCAUUGUUGCCUGUUGUUUCCAGCUUAUCCCAGGUGGGAGCUGUUGCACCUCAAAGCCUUGAAUCUUUGGUGCAAAGUAUUCACGACUGUCUUAGCAGUUCAGAUUGGGCGACACGUAAGGCUGCAGCUGAGACAUUAAGUGUUCUGGCAUUGCACUCUAGCAGCUUGGUGGUAGACGGAGCUAACUCCACAGUGACUCUGCUAGAGGCUUGCCGGUUUGACAAAAUAAAACCAGUCAGAGAUAGUGUAACUGAAGCUCUGCAGCUGUGGAAGAAAAUUGCAGGAAAAGGAGAUGGAGCUUCAGAUGAACACAAACCUUCAUCUCACAAUGGUGAGACUUCUGAAUCAGCUUAUCCAUCAGACAAGGACUCUCGAAACCCUGGUGAAAGAAGUGAACUACCGGUGAAGGAUUUAUCUAAUAAUCCAUCUUCUAAUGAUGCAUAUCUCAAAGACAAGGGUAGCAACAUUUUGGACAAGGCAGUUGGGAUACUGAGGAAGAAGGCACCUGCAUUAACUGACAGAGAAUUGAACCCUGAGUUUUUCCAAAAACUUGAAACAAGGGGUUCAGAUGAUUUGCCUGUAGAAGUGGUUGUCCCUCGUCGAUGCCCUAAUUCUUCUAAUUUGCAGAAUGAGGAAGAGGCUGUGGGCAAGGAUUCAAGGGAGAGGACAAGGACCAGCUACCAGCCUGAUGGUGGAUCACUUGACUUUAGAUAUCGUAACACUGAGAAAGGAACUUCUAGCUAUAGUUCUAGAGAACUAGAUACUGAUGAAACAAGUGAUCUGAAUCAAAGAGAUUUAUCUGGCAUUCAAGGGGGUUUUUCCAAGAGUGGAGGCCAAUCUGACAGUUUCUCGAAUAAUAAAGGAAAUUGGCUGGCUAUUCAGAGGCAAUUAUUACAACUGGAAAGGCAGCAGGCUCAUCUCAUGAACAUGUUGCAGGAUUUUAUGGGUGGUUCACAUGAUAGCAUGGUGACGCUUGAAAACAGAGUGAGAGGUCUUGAAAGAGUAGUUGAAGACAUGGCACGGGAUUUGUCUCUAUCAACAAGUCGAAGAGGUGCUAGUUUUAUGGGUGGAUUUGAAGGAUCAUCCAACAGAAGUGCAGGGAAAUACAAUGCCUUUGCUGACUAUACUAAUGCUAAGUUAGGGAGUGGUAGUGAUGGAAGGAUUCCCUUUGGAGAUAGAUUUGCACCUUCUGAUGGUAGACCUUCAGGCAAUAGGGGAAGGGGCCCUCCUUGGAGAUCUGAUGCACCUGAUGCUUGGGAUUUUCAAGCAUAUGGUAAAAAUGGGCAAAUGGGUUCUAGAAGAACUUUGGGUGGUGGUCCUGUUGAUUGUAGGUCCCCUAAAUCCGAAAAUGAUAAUGAUCAAGUUGGCAGCAGGAGAGCUUGGGACCGAGGAGCUGGACCUGUUAGAUUUGGUGAGGGACCAUCUGCUAGAAGUGUCUGGCAAGCUUCAAAGGAUGAGGCAACAUUAGAAGCAAUAAGGGUAGCUGGUGAAGACAGUGGGGCUGCUCGAAGUGCAAGGGUAGCAGUGCCAGAAUUGACUGCUGAAGCAUUAGGGGAUGAUAAUGUCAUGCAAGAAAGAGAUCCUAUCUGGAAUUCUUGGAGCAAUGCUAUGGAUGCACUUCACGUUGGUGAUACAGAUUCAGCUUUUGCUGAAGUUCUAUCUAGUGGAGAUGAUCUUCUGCUUGUAAAGUUAAUGGACAGAUCAGGGCCUGUAUUAGAUCAAAUCUCAAGUGAGGUUGCAAUUGAGGUUUUACAUGCCAUUGCCCAAUUUUUACUCGAGCAGGACUUGUAUGACAUCAGCUUAUCCUGGGUGCAACAGUUGGUGGAAAUUACGGUAGAAAACGGGACUGAUGUUCUUGGCAUUCCUAUGGAUGUGAAAAGAGAAAUUUUGUUGAAUUUACAUGAAGCUUCUUCAGCAAUUGAUGUGCCAGAGGACUGGGAAGGAGCAACACCAGAACAACUUUUGUUCCAGUUGGCAUCUGCUUGGGAAAUUGACUUGAAGCAAUUGGAGAAAUAGCUUGAGGAGCACUCUUGAAAGCUGACCAGUAUCUUAUUUUGUGGAGUACAUUUUUGUAUCUACCUAUCGUUGUUGAAAUCACAACAGUUUCUAGCUAUGUUCCAUUGGUUAGUUCAAUUUGUUCAUUUUUUGAGGCUGAAUUAUGGAUUUUCAAGCUCGAUCCUAUGUGUAGUGGUUUGGGGCAAUGCUAAAGACUACACAUACAAAGUAUGUUUGAACUUUGAAGCCAACGGACGCUUCUUUUCGCUUUA